UCUCUCUCUCCCUCACUAUACUUCUCCUUUAUCUCUCUCUGCAACCCUUCUUCAUUGAUGUGAUUCUCCACCAUAAAACUCAUCAACCUUUUACAAAAGAGGAGAGAAUUUAAGCAUAUAUCAUCAAAAAAUAAAAAUAAAAUCAGCACCCACCACCAUGGUUUUCUCUUCUGUUCCGGUCUAUCUAGAUCCUCCCAAUUGGCCUAACCAGCAUGGUGAUGGGGUUGAUGGGAGUGAGAGUUCGGCGCUACUUUCGGCGGCUUUGGUGGCGCAGGGGCAGCCGCAGCUGCAGCCGCCUGCGGCGGCUGGCGGCGGGAUAAGGCCGGGAUCGAUGACGGAGAGGGCGAGGCUGGCUAAGAUCCCUAUCCCGGAGGCGGCGCUGAAGUGUCCGCGUUGCGAGUCGACUAACACCAAGUUUUGCUACUUCAACAAUUACAGCUUGUCGCAGCCGCGCCAUUUUUGCAAGACUUGCCGGAGAUACUGGACCCGAGGCGGCGCGCUGAGGAACGUCCCAGUCGGCGGCGGCUGCCGCCGCAACAAGAGAAGCAAAGGGAGCCGAUCCAAGUCCCCCGCCCGAGCCGCCGCCGACGCGCCCAGCUCCAGCUCCAACAACGCUCAUCGCCACGCCGAUAUUAUAUCGGCGGCUCCGAGCCACCAUUUGCCGCCGCCGCCGCCGCAGAUACCGUUCCUCCCACCUCUCACCGGCUUCGCGCCGCCGGACCUCGGCUUAAAUUUCGGCGCGAACGAAAUGGAAUUCCCGGCGGGAAACAACUCCGGCGCCGGCGGCAUAAAUUUAUCCGCUCGGUUCGCCGAUUUGUUCAGACUCCAACAAGGAAUCACGCAACUCCCUUUCUUAUCCGGCCUGGAUCACCCCGCCGGCGGCAUGUUCCAAUUCGAAACCGGAAUCGAUCAAUACGUCGCCGGAGCCACAGAUCAUCUCGGAGCAAAACCCUUCGAAACCGGCGGCAAUCUGGUAAAUGUGAAGCUAGAAGAACACAAUAACAACAAUGCCUUAAAUUUAUCAAGAAACUUUCUGGGAAUGUCAGGAAAUGAUCAAUUCUGGAGUGGCAAUAAUGGCUUCGCAGCAGAUCUGUCUGGUUUUGCUUCUUCUACUGGCCGACUGUUGUGAUUUCUCUUCUUCCUAAAAAACCCUAAUUGUUAAAUUUAUACAAAAAAAAAAAGGGGGUUUUCUGAAACAUAAUCUGCAGACUGGGAAGGAUGAAAGAAGACAAUUACUAAAUCUCAAUCUGCCGGGAAGAUGUGUUAAAUUAAAACUCUCUUUUUUGUUUCCGAUGGUAGGUUGAUUAAAUUCCGGUACCAUUUUUUGGUUCUUUAUCUAUCCUAAUAUGGAUUAUAUGUUCAUGGAUUUAGGUUAUGUUAGCUAGCUAUGUGUUCAUGAUGUUCAUUAAUAUUUGAUGACAUAUGAGGGCUUGAUUAAUAUAAUUACCAGUACCACGCUAAAACCUUAGUUUUCUACAUAUAUGCAGUAAGUCUUGUGUGAGAUGUCUGUAUCCAUUGUAAAUAUCAAAUUAAACACAGGUAUUCAAUAACGGCAUGCUAUUUAUUGUUUGAUUA